AUGGACGUCCAACGAGGUAACUUUACGUAUUCAUUAAUAAAUAUUUGGACAAGGAAAUGGCAGUGUUUGCAAAAAUUCCUGUUUCGCAAUUGUUAAAAAUAAAUAAAAUAAUAAAUAUAUACGUGAAAUAGGCAUAAAUUGCAAAGAUGCAUAGAAAUCAUAUUUUUAAAUAUAGCGUAUAUGUAUGAAAAACUAACAUGUAACUUGUACAUUUUAUUGGCUUAUUCUAUAAAUAUGCGAUCGUUGAUAAUUUUUUUAAAUUCAUUCCUGAUUUUCCUAGAUUUGAAUUACCAGUUAACUUGGAACCUUUACUUGAUGAAAAUUUUGGGUAUCUGGCCGGAAGAGAGGAAAUGGAACCGACCUUCGAGUUACGUCGUUCUCUUACCAUUCCUCACAAUGCUCUGCUUUGUGUGUGGUCCACAAACUAUUAAUCUACCGCUUAUCGCUCAUGACUUGAAUUUGGUGGUCGAGAAUUUAUCACUGGGUAACAUGACUGUCACGAUUGCACUCACGAAGGCUAUAAUAUUUUGGAUGAAAGGCGAA